AAGCUGUCACACCCCUGCAUACCCCAGUUCGAGCCCCGCCGCCCCCCCUGACACCCCGCCAUGCAGCCCUCAGACAGCGACGAUGAGCUGGACUCCCCCGAUGGGCCCGGCUCAUCGCACAUCCCACCCAGCAUCUAUGUCAUAAAGUUCCACCCCGCCACGGCCCGCGAGGCGAUCGAAUUUCUCAUCGAGCGGAUAGAAGCCAAGAAUAAGUAUGGCGGGGCGGAGCUGCUCAUCAGGUGUGAGCCGCAGAAACAGGCCCAGGGCGUCACCGUUCACGUCUCGGCCACCAAGAUCAAGCUCCUGGAGGUGGCGGAGGCGGUGGAGCUGCAGAAGAGGGCGGCGUCAGGUCUCAUACAGGAGUUCAGCGUGCGAGACUUGGACCAGUUUCUGUACGCGGGCCAGACUUUGGACACUGUGCUGACGCCGGCGGAGAGAGAGUUCUGCGUCAGGCAUGAACUGGAGAGCCUCAGGGCCAAGCAGGAGGAGAGUCACGUGCCCGGCUACCCCGCGGUGAAGCUGUACCCUGGCCAGCCCCUGCUGACCGUGUACCAGGAAGAGGAGCUCGUCACGGACUUCUUCCCGCUGCACGACCGCCAGGUGCUGGAGAACCUAGCGAGCGACUGGUACAAGGCCAUCUUCCAGGGCGCGCCGCUGGACAGGAUCCGAAACUACUUUGGAGAGAGCGUGGCGAUGUACUUCAGUUUCCUCGGCUUCUACACGCUGGCCCUGGCCUUCCCCGCGGCUCUGGGCGUGGCUCAACUCUUCCUUUCCGUGGACACCCUCACAGAGUACGCCCUCUUCGCCGCCUUCAACCUGGUGUGGGUGACGGUACUCCUGGAGCUUUGGAAGAGGCGGUGUGCGGGCCUGGCGUAUAGCUGGGGAACGCUGCUUCACCACGGACACCAGCAUGCCACCAGGCCGGGUUUCAGAGGACGCAUGACUCAGCACCCAGUUACCGGCAGAUACGAGCCUUACUACCCUGAAUGGAAAACCCGCAGCAAGAUCUACAUGGUGUCGGCGCCGGCUGUGGGGGUGUGCGUGGUGGCCGCUCUCUGGGUGAUGGUCGCGGCUUUCUGGGCUGAGGAGCAACUGAUCGAUUGGAAGCGGCGGUACGGGUCGGUGGCGGGCGUCUUCACCCACGUGCCCAGCGCCUUCUACGCGUGCCUGGUGUGGCUCAUGAACUUUUACUACAGGAGGCUGGCCAACGCCCUCACGGAUUGGGAAAACCACCGGACCCACGAGGCUCACGAAUGGCAUCGCGUUAGCAAGCUGGUCGUCUUCGAGUUCGUCAACAACUUCUCUUCCCUCUUCUACAUCGCCUUCUACAUCCAGGAUAUGGACAUGCUCUGCUCGCAAGUUGCCACGAUGUUGAUAGUUACUCAGAUGAUCAAUCACUUCCAAGAGGCCUUACUUCCUUACGUGGUGAAGAGGGCUUAUAACCAGUUCGCCGCGGAGGUCUUGGCCCAGCUUCGCCGCCACCCAUGGACGUCGCCGCUGUUCGAGGAGCCCGUCAAACUGGUCCACGGCCUUGGCCCCGAGGACGACCCUAUCACCGUGCUGGCCCUCGACCCCAAGGACCCGCGUAUCACCCAGGCCAAGGAGGAGGCUGACCUUGACCCAUAUCAGGACUGCUACGAGGACUACCUGGAGAUGUUCCUGCAGUUCGGGUACGUGUUCCUGUUCUCCUCCGUGUACCCCAUGGCGGCCUUCUGGGCGGUGCUCAACAACAUCCUGGAGCUGAAGACCGACGCCUUCAAGCUGUGCCGCGUGUUCCGCCGGCCCAGGGUCAAGAAGGUGGCCUCCAUCGGGGUCUGGCAGGGCGCCUUCGAGUUGCUGGGGGCCAUGGCUGUAAUGACGAACUGCGCCCUGCUCUGCCUGUCCCCCCGCGUGCGCCCCCUGGCCCCCAGCGCUUCCCCCGUGGAAUGGGUGCUUCUCUUCGUCCUCUUGGAGCACCUCAUCCUGGCCGCCAAGAUGUGCCUCAUGUGGGUGGUGCCGAACCAGCCGGCGUGGGUGCGUCAGGCCCUGGAGAAGGUGUCCUAUCAAGCGAAACUGGCCCUGCGGAAUGAGCGUGGCAAGAAGACCCGUCGACACCUCUCCCGCCGCUUCCGGAGUGUCCACGGCGUGCCCCGCUCCGGCUCGCGCUCCCGCGGCACCACGCCCGUGGCCCAGAACGGCGGCCUCCGGCACCGCACGCCGCCCAGGGGGGACUACCGGGACUACUAGCCACGCCCGACGCACAUGCACUGCCCAACUAGCCCAAAGUGUCCCUCGAUUAGCCCAAGUAGCGGUCAGAUAACCCAAAGUGUCACCAGAUUAGCCCCCACACUGUCCAAACGCUGCCCACAUAACCGCCCUAAAGUGUCCCCCAAUUAGCCCAAGUAGCGGUCAGAUAGCCCAAAGUGUCCCUCAAUUAGCCCAAGUAGCGGUCAGAUAACCCAAAGUGUCACCAGAUUAGCCCCCACACACUUAAAACGCCGCCCACAUAACCGCCCUAAAGUGUCCCUCAACCAGUCCAACAAGUGUUCAGAUAGUUCAAAGCAACGUUGCCAGGUCGUCGUACUCCGCCUCUUUUGUUUGCCGAUUUCCGACCCAAAAACUGCUUUCAUCACCCAAACAACUGCCUUCAUAUAUGGUUCUCGUUUAAAUGGUUACUUAUUGGUGCUUCUUGGCAACAGUUGGUGGCCAAAAACCGGUAAAUACGCGGCUCUUGAGUACGAUAACCUGGCAACGGUGGUUCAAAGUAUCCCUCAACCAGCCUGAUUAUCGUCGAGGUAGUUCAAAAUGUCACUUACCCAGGCCAGGCAGCAUCUGGAUAGCCUGCAAUGUCCCUGAACCAGCCCAGUUAGCGGUCAUAUAACCCAAACUGUCCCUGAACCAGCCUAAACUGCCCUUCAUCCAGUCCAACAAGGCGAUACACGUAGGUCUGCAGGGUUUGCUAGACCAUGAAAAGGGUGCCGAGGGACUGCAAUUAGACCCCAUACUAGCUUCUCCCUUUUUGACUUUCCACCAGUCCCUCCUCGCUGAGUGUCUUCCCAUCACGGGUUACAAGGAUAUUCUAGUCAAUUUCUAGUCAUGUUUGAGUCACGUUCUAGUCAUGUUCGGGUCAUGUGUAUGUAUAUCUUCGACCUCCUCCUCUGCUUCUUCCUCCUCUCCCACUUCCUUCUCCUCCUGCAAAGAGAAAUGUGUCCUCCCCAAACUAGGGUUAUAAGAAUCGAAGCUAUUCCCUAAUCGAAGGUAUUCCCCAAACGAAGAUAUUUCCCAAACGAAGAUCUUACCCAAACAACGGUAUUCCCCAAGUUCAGGUAUUCCCCAGAUAACGGUAUCCAUCAAGUAAAGGAUUUCCCCAAGUAAAAGGAUUUCCUGAUCUUAGAUAUUCCCCAGUGGAAGGUAUUCUCCAAUCUAAGAUGUUCCCCACACUAAGAUCUUCCCCAAUCGAAGGUCACAAUCAUCUAAGAUCUUUCCCAAUCUAAGGUCACAAGUAUCAAAGGUCAUCCCCAAACAACGGUCACAAGAAACUAAUCUAAGGUCACAAUGAUCUAAGAGCUACCCCAACUAAGACCUUACCAUACUAAGAUCCUCCCCAGUCGAAGGUCACAAGAAUCUAAGGUCUUCCGAAGCUAAAGUCAGGAAUCUAAGGUGUUCCCAGUCUACGGUCACAAUGAUGUUUCCCACUAUGGCCACAAGAUUGUAAGGUCUGUCCCUAACUAGUGUCUAAGGGUGAUGUCCUCCUCCACUAGGGACAAAGGUGUAACAUAUCCCAGGUCCUCCUCUACUAGGGACAAAGGUGUAACAUAUCCCAGGUCCUCCUCCACUAGGGACAAAGGUGUAACAUAUCCCAGGUCUAAGCUCUAAGGGUGUACCGUCUUCCGCAGACUAAACUCUAAAUAUAU